AUGAACAACAAAUUUGAAUCAAAACUAUGUGUAGUUUGUGGAGACAAAGCAAUUGGUUUUAAUUUUGAUGUCCUAACGUGUGAAUCGUGUAAAUGCUUUUUUAGACGCAAUGCUUUCAAAGAUUUAAAGUGUAAAUUUGAUACCAAUGAAUGUGUGAUUCAAAUAAAUACUCGUAAAUGUUGUCCUAAAUGUCGGAUACAAAAGUGUUUGGCAAUGGGUAUGAAAAAGGAUCAUAUAUUGAAUAAAGAAGCCAGGUCAAAACGGGUUCAACUCAUUGAACAAAAUAGACAAAAGCGCCGAUUGAAAACUGAUGGUUCACCUUAUAAUACAAUUAUUACUAGAAAUAAUAAACAACAAUCAAAUAUCGUCUCUUCAAGUAUAUUGUCUUCAAGUCCAUUAUACAGACAUUUAUUUACACAAUUACAUGACUGUCCAAUGAGCUCAUCCACUAAUGAGUCCAUAUCAUCAUUCAAUGAGUUGACAAAUAAGAUGUUUGAGGAAAACAUUGAUGUUUACAAUGAUAUUGAUAGGAAUGGUGUAUCCAAGAGCUCUACCUACAAGCGUGCAUUGAAAAUGGGUAUCAGUAUUAUACCGGUUACCCGUCAUAUCGCUGACUAUAGCCGUACGUUCAAUGAGCUCGAGGGCUACCGUUUCCGAGAAUUGAUGAGCGCUGCGAAACAACUGGAAAUCAUUGCCGCAACAAAUAUCUGUGAAAUUGUUUCGAUGGAAGAGUUUUUUGCCGCUAUCGACACAUUAAAGAUAAACGAUAUCCAAAAUGUGACUAAAGUGUGCAAAAGUAUCACCGGUUUUAUUGACAUUCCCAGCGAAGAUCAAAUUGUUUUACUAAAAUAUGGAUCACUAGAGAUACAUACGAUGCGAUCCAUUUGCUAUUAUAAUCACGAUUCCCAGUAUUGGACUAUAAAUUUGAAUAACAAUAAUGCUAUGAUAUUACACAUGGAUUUUGUCAAGUUUGCUGAAACACAUUUACACAAUGAUUUCAGAGACUAUAUCAACAAUUUAUUUAUGGAAAUUGAUCAAGAUUACAUUAUACUUGAUAUAAUGACAGCUAUAGUACUGUUUAAUCCUUAUAGACCGGGACUACAAAACAAAAUGAUUAUCAGAUUACAACAACAUGUUUAUCUAUAUUUACUAAAACGUUAUUUAAUGAUAAAAUAUUUGGAUAAACAAUAUGCGGACGAAAAGUUUAACCGAUUAUUGAAUUCAAUGAUUGAUUUGUAUUACGUUGAGACCCGUUGUCGACAAAAUACAUUGAAUCGCAUGGAUUUGCCGCCACUUCUUAAGGAAGUUCUUGAAGAAUGA